GACUACACCCUCUUCAUCUAUCAUUCCAAGCUCAAUAUCUGCAACAAUCUCUUCAUAUCAAUCUAGCUUGGCAUCAUUUUCGGCUAAUCAAUCUUCUGGAUUCAUGACUAGCUUCCCCAUAACUUCACUCUUAAGUUUUGAACCUUCAGAAACUCAAAGCACUACCAGUGCAUCAGUUUCGAGUGUUGAGUUUUCGAGCUUCGGAGAUGGAACUUCCACUGGCAUUCCACCAGUCAAUAAUCUAGCUUCUGGCUUAACUACAACGACUGAACGAAGCAGCUCAUUUGCUUUGGAAUCAUCAUCUCAACCUGGAAUUACUUCCACCUUUGUAUCCUUGUCUUUGUCCGAACAAUCAUUUUUACCAGAGUUCACAUCUACUUUGGGGCCAUCAUCUUUAUCUGAAAAUUCUUCCAUUAUUGCGCAAUCUUCUUUGCCCCAAAUCACAACUUCCUCCGAUUUGAGUGAAGUAUCAUCACUGCAGGUAUCUUCGACCGAGAUUUUACUUGGCUCUUCCGCUUUUGAAAGUUCCGGUUCCCAGACUUUAGCUUCCUUGACAAGCUCAGAGAGUAUCUCUGAAGCGCGAGAGACAACAUUGAAUCUUGAAAGUCAAUCAUCUAUCUUGUCUUCAGUGUUAGUAACUUCUAUACCAUUGACUACCGAGAUAUUAUCGACCUCGACGGGAAGUCUACUUUCGAAUGCAGAGAAUUCAUCGACGUUUGGCUUCGAAUCUGCAACAGGAACACUCUCUAGUUUGGAAUCCAGCACAGUGAUCAGCCUACAAUUAUCUUCUUCGGCUGAAAACCUUGAGUUGUCGACUUCAUCUCAGAUUUUCUCUACGAGUACUACUGCAGCUUCUGAUAGUGGUUUCAAAUCAUCAACAGGAAUGUUAAUUCAAUCAUCUGGAGCUGCAAGUAGUACAGCUAUUUUCUCUUCCCCAGCACCAUCGAUCACUUCUUCGAACAUUGCACAAUCGAGUACACUCGAAGAAUCUAGUGGUGUCUUGUCUACCACACUCGUUAUUAAUAUGUCCGAGUCCGCAUCUCCAAGUAUAGAGACAUCUCUUGGAAUAACGAGCACUUUCGUAGGAACACCAAGUCAGUCCUUCGAAGCCUCAAGUAAUAUUGGAUCGAUUACAUCUAUAGAAACGCUCAUUAGUACAACCCUAAUUAUCGAUUCAAGUAUUGAAACGACUCUCGGGAUCACAAGUAGUUUUGUAGGGUCGUCCAGUCAAUCAUUUGAGGCAUCCAGCAAUAUUGGUUCCACUAUACUUACAGAAACACUGGUUGACUCAUCUAAUUCUAUCGAGCAAAGUUCGUUGACUAUUGGAAGUAGUACUGGUAUUCCACCGGUCAACAACGUAGCAUCUGGAAGUACCACGACGACGUCUUCGGAUAUUCAAUCUACAGGUGACCUCACAACUGAUCUUGGAUCUAUUGGUAGUUCCGGACCUAUCAGUUCAUCACUGUUACCGGAAGUGACAAGUAUAAUAGACGGAACCUCAGAGUUGCCGCAGACGACUGGUACAAUAGCCCAGUCUUCGACCAAUUUGAUUAAUGUCGAGACUUCAUCUGGCUCAAACUCCUUGCCAGCUGCCACUUCAUCUCCUCCCAACGAAUUAUCCUCAAUUUUGAGUCUUUCGACCAGUGAAUUCGGUGCAAUUGCCACUUCAAAUACAGGUAUAGAAACAAGUCUUGGGGCUGGAUCUCCGACCCUUGAUUCUUCAGUCGCAUUGAAUACUGGUAUGUCAACAAAUGAAGUCACCUCCUUGCCUACCGAGGCGAGUCAAACUUCCAAUAGCCCAGGAAUUGAAUCUAGCCUUGUCAUAACAUCGACUUCUGGUAUAGAAAUGGAAUCCCAGAUUGGAGUUUCAACCCUUAGGACUUCUUCUCUACCAAUUGAGCCUUCUUCGAGUGCCAGUAUUUCAAUCCUUGGAACAGAUUCGGCUACUUUGCCAACGGGUGAAAUUCAAUCUGCUGGAACAACCGUUCCAAUAGUUGGAAGCCCAGAGUCCGGUACAUUUGGUGCCUCUGAAACAGUUAGCAGCACUAUAUUUCCAUCGUUAAUCAUGGAAGCCAGUACACUGACGAGUGGAUUCUUAAUUGUACCAACUGAAGUCUCUGCUAGUUUCAGUGGCUCGAAUAUAGGAACAAGCCUGCAUUCCGAGCCUAGUUCUGCGGUUAGCAUCUCCAGCACUAUACUUCAAUCUGCAUUUAGUGCUGAGACCUCGGGAAACAUUGGUGGAGUAUCUGAAUCUUUGAUUGAGACCGCCGGUGCUUUGAGUAGUACUGGCGCAAGCACGAUUGAGUCUACAAAUCCUGCUGAGACCUCCAUCGCCUCCCUAAGCUCCGGGGUUGAGAGCCAAUUACUUACCACAAGUAUUCCUGGUUUGUCAGCACUUCCAUCUACUUUAGUUGGAAGCUUCAGUCUUAUCGAAAGUUCCGGACUUAUAUCGAUUCCAUCGAUUCAGUCUACAGAUUUGCUUAUUGAGAGUCAAUCACAAACUGCGAUCAUUUCCAGCGAGUCCGAAGCCCCAUCAAGUUCAGUCCAAAAUUCUGGAUCCACAAUAGCUUCAUCUUCCGGAAUACCCUCAAGUACGACCGAAAAUUCCUUAAUUUCUUCCAUUCAAUCUGCCCAGUCUUCAGUGCCAGUAGUUGAGCCUUCUACAGCUGCUGCCAGCAGUCUCCAAUCUUCGGACGUAUUCUCUCAACAGCCCCAGAUACCCUCCAUUGCUUCGAUAAUACAAUCAUCUGUGGGUACGCUCAUUUCUCUCUCAUCCAUGCUUGAUGGAUCUGAGAGCUCUUCCGAGCUCGUUCUGGGCACAAGCUCAGUUGCCAUCCUACCUGAAUCUUUCUCCAGUAGUCUUUCCCAGUUCCCAUCAUUUACUAGUGGAGAAAUUGCUACCGGCUCUUCGGCUGUUGAAACCAGUAGCACAUUUGGUAGCAGUAUUCCAAUUGUUGGAAACAUUGGCUCGGGAACUUCCCUUCAAUUUUCAGCUUCGGAAACACCUCUAUCUGUCUUUCCAAGUUCCUUGACAUCGGACGUUGGUUCUGUAAGCUCUAGUCUUGUGAUAGUUUCAAGCACGGUCAUUUUGACGGUUGAAUCCCAGACUUCCGGACCCGUGUUUUCUUCUACCGCUUCCUUGACAAAUACAGCGCUUUUGGAGACAUCCGUUGAAACCUUAUCGUCAAUACCCGAGCUUAAUUCCAGCUCAGAGGGUACACUUCCAAAUACUGGAGGAUCACAAGCUAUAUCCUCGACAGAAUCACUUGUCAUUAGCUCAACUAUUAAUCCAGAGUCUCAAUCUACCUUCCUGCAAACAACUUCCGAUUCCGAAGUUUCGAAUGUCAGCACCGAGCAAAUUCUUCCUUCCACUGAGAGCCCUGAAGUUAUCUCAACCACGCAGUCUUUAUCCUCUGCUAUCCUUCCAAGCACUGGACCCGCCACCGAGGCUCCCUCAUCAACACAAGGUAUACCAUCAGUGGCAACUUCGACUCAACUAGGUGAGUUUUCGUUGGCGAUGUCUAGCUCACAAACCGCGGAAAUAUCUUCAUCAAUACAACAAGGCCUCUCUUCAACAGCGUUAAUUGAUUCAUCUGAACCAGCUGUAUCUUCCGAGUUGAUUGGAACUGCAUCAUCUGAAAUUUUAAGUGCAAGUGCAAGCGUAACAACCACAAGCCUUGAGAGUACCGUGAUCUCGACAGUGAUUUCGUCUUCUGCAUCUGACUUUGGUUCUGAAUCUGGAUCGAUUGCGAUAUCAUCUACUACUGAUAUCUUAGGCUCGAUCGCUCCAAGCCUUUCUGCUUCGGCCUCGGCCUCUCAGAUAGAUUCGGCGUCUUCAGCUAGUUUAGUAUUUUCAGGCUCAGAAUCAACCACAAUAUUGACGUCAGAGUUCAAUUUGCAAAGUACAGCUUCGUCAACAAUACCAAACGAAUCUGAACUUCCUGUAGCAUCCUCGACAGAAGGGUUUUUAAGCACGUUCGUCUCAAGUACUUCUCAGACAAGGUUUGAAGAGAAUGCAUCUUCAGGCAGUUUCCCUUCAAGUACAUUAUCAUCGGGAUCGCCUCCUACUAUCGAAUCGCUUUCAUCCGCCGGUGAAUCUGAAACCGGUAUACCUCCCAUCAAUAAUGUAGCAUCCGGAAGCACUAGCACUAGUACCGCCUUUGAGACCACAUUUCCAGCUUCUGGAUCCCAGAUAUCUAGCACUGAGCCACUAUCUGUAGCGUCCAGUACGCAAGAUUUGUCGGGUUCGAACGGUAUACCUCUUAGCACAAGUACAAAUCCAUCGCUCUCGACCUUAGAGUCAGAGAUUAGUUCUAAUACCGAGUCAGUAUUAAGUUCCGAAUUUCCUAGCAUGACAAUAUUCAGUUCAGCCUCCUUAUCAUCGACCACACUAUCUAGUGCAUCAGCUAGUGCAACUUCAUCAUUCGAUUACAUUGGCUGUUCAACAAACUCAACGGGCACCCUGGAUGGCCCAACAACAUACUCGUCGGAUAUGACACCAGCUAUCUGCUCGACUAUUUGUUCCGAAUACGAAUACUACGCAGUUGAGAGUGGAGUUAAGUGUGUAUGUGGCAAUAAUAUAGAGACAGGUGGUAUCUUAUCAGGCGCGAACUGCACCACCACUUGUGGUGAUGGGAAUGGUACUUUAUCUUGUUCAUCAGCAUCUGCUUCUGCUAGUGCCUCUUCGCUGGUGACAAUGUUAAGGCCUAGGAAAAUUGCAGCUACGGGGAGGUACCCUAGGAGGUGGUAAAGGAAACGAAACGAAUUAUGUUUAGUGUUUUGUUUUGUAAGAGGGUGUUUAGAGUGCUGGGCUUGAGCACUAGUCUCAUAAAUAGUUUUGAAUGGUUUUCCAUCUCCUAUUUCUUUUCACGUUGGCAGUGGUGGUUGCUGGUCGGUUUAGAAACGAAUGUAUUCAUUUUAGAUGUAAGAGCCUCGUGGGAGAAAAAAUGGGUGGGCAAGCGAAGGAUUGAAAAUGUUUAUCCAUGGUUUUCUUUGAAUACA